AUGGUAUCAAAUAUGAGAUUAAUAAUAAUUUGGGGAUUCUGCAUUUUACAUGUAGUGCACACCAUUACGCCUCACACACGCUUAGACUCUUCAGCGGAAUCCGCGGAGCUGUCAACAGAGUCAUUCAGUUCUCUUGAAUCAGCUGAACUAAACGAGGGUUCUGGAGAUGACCCACCUUCCUUGAUCGCUACUAGCAAGAAUGAAACGAGAGAGGCACUUAAAUCGGACGGCAGUGAACAGGAUCCAGUCGUAUUCCUGUCAGAUAAGAAUGGUUAUAUUCCAGUUAGCAUCAAACCACGUUCUCCCGCAGUGGAUUCAAGCUGGCGAGAACCUCCUGCUUGGGAACGAGAGUACAGGCGACAUCGGACAAAUGGCAGCAGAGUACAAUAUAUUGAAGCAGAAUGUCAAGAUGACUUUAUGAAGAUAAGGGUUGGCUUCAAUGGAUCAUUUAAUGGACUUGUUUAUUCAGCCGGUUAUUCGUACGAUCCAGAUUGCAUGUAUAUAAACGGUUCUGGUCGUGACUACUACGAGUUCUACAUACAACUGAAUCGUUGUGGCACUCUUGGAAGAAACAGCCAGCACGAUGACACGAAGAAACAUCCGACUAAGAAUCUGAUGUGGAACACAAUUACCGUGCAGUACAAUUCUCUAAUCGAGGAGGAACUCGACGAACACUUCAAGGUGACGUGUGAAUAUGGAUACGACUUUUGGAAGACUGUCACGUUUCCCUUUUUAGACGUCGAAGUAGCAACGGGUAAUCCUGUUGUAUUCACAUUGCAACCGCCGGAGUGCUAUAUGGAGAUUCGUUCCGGAUACGGCGCAACCGGUGCGCGCGUCACCGGCCCAGUGCGGGUGGGCGACCCUCUCACCCUGCUGAUAUAUAUGAGGAGUGCAUAUGAUGGUUUCGACAUUGUCGUUAACGAUUGCUUUGCGCACAACGGAGCCGCGAAGAGGAUUCAACUCAUAGAUGAAUAUGGCUGUCCAGUGGAUGACAAGCUAAUCUCACGGUUCCGCGGCUCGUGGUCGGAGUCGGGCGUGUUCGAGACGCAGGUGUACGCGUAUAUGAAGACGUUUCGCUUCACGGGCUCGCCGGCUCUCUACAUUGAGUGUGAUGUCAGAAUGUGCCAUGGAAGAUGUCCAUCACAGCCUUGUCACUGGCGUAAUAUGAAGAGCGUGCGUCGUCGGUCCGCCGACACGGAGACGGCGAGCGUGGCGCCGCGGCUGUCCGAGAACAUCUCGCUCUUCCAGUCGCUGCGCGUGCUGCAGGAGGGGGAGGAGGACGACACUGUGGCCGCGAUAGAAGGACAGACCUGCAUGAAGACAUCCUCAUUAUCGGCGAUGAUAGUGUCCUGCGUGGUGUUGGUGGUAGCGUUGCUAGCAGGGUUACUGGUUGCCGCACGCGGCUGGCGGCGCGACCGGCAACGCAGCCAGCCAAUACAUGCAUAUGUUCCUCACAAGGGACGGAUCAAAUAG